GCCGAGGGCGGAGGGCGGUGGCAGCGCUGGCGCUGGGGACCGGCUCGGUGGCUUCGGCAAACAGUUUGACGCUGGCAGCUGCCCGCCUCACUCCACACCCAGUCCUCGUCACGGCUUGCAGCCCCCUGGCCACCGGCGUCCGGCAAUGUGUCCCGCCGACCGGGCGUAGCAGCUGCGCGUGCGUGGAACCGCGGGGCCAUGAGCGAAGCCGGCGGCGGCCUGGGCUGUGGGUCCCCGGUUCCCCAGCGAGGGCCAUGGAGCCUGGUGGCCGCCACAGCCGCGCUCUGCCUGGUGUCAGCCACGUCUGUGUGGACGGCGGGGGCCGCACCCAUGAGUAGGGAGGAGAAACAGAAGCUUGGGAAUCAAGUACUGGAAAUGUUUGAUCAUGCUUAUGGGAACUACAUGGAACAUGCUUACCCAGCAGAUGAACUCAUGCCUUUAACCUGUAGAGGUCGUGUGAGGGGCCAGGAGCCAAGUCGGGGUGACGUGGAUGAUGCCUUGGGAAAAUUUUCCCUGACACUGAUUGAUUCUUUGGAUACUCUUGUGGUAUUAAAUAAAACUAAAGAAUUUGAAGAUGCGGUGAGAAAAGUUUUAAGAGAUGUUAAUUUAGAUAAUGAUGUAGUUGUAUCUGUCUUUGAAACAAACAUCAGAGUUCUUGGAGGUCUUUUGGGUGGACACUCGCUGGCAAUUAUGCUGAAAGAAAAAGGUGAAUACAUGCAGUGGUACAAUGAUGAACUGCUCCUAAUGGCAAAGCAGUUGGGUUACAAACUUCUGCCAGCUUUCAACACUACCAGUGGGCUUCCUUAUCCAAGAAUUAAUUUAAAGUUCGGCAUCAGAAAACCGGAGGCUCGGACAGGAACUGAGACAGAUACCUGUACAGCCUGUGCAGGUACCUUGAUCCUUGAGUUUGCUGCUUUAAGUCGGUUCACUGGAGCAACAAUUUUUGAGGAAUAUGCAAGAAAAGCGCUUGAUUUUCUCUGGGAAAAAAGACAACGAAGUAGUAAUUUAGUGGGCGUGACUAUCAAUAUUCAUACUGGAGAUUGGGUACGGAAAGAUAGUGGAGUUGGAGCAGGGAUUGAUUCAUAUUAUGAGUAUCUGUUGAAAGCUUAUGUCUUGCUUGGAGAUGACAGUUUUCUGGAAAGAUUUAAUACACACUAUGAUGCCAUAAUGAGGUACAUUAGCCAGCCCCCUCUUCUACUUGAUGUGCAUAUCCACAAACCAAUGCUGAAUGCUCGGACUUGGAUGGAUGCUUUGCUUGCCUUUUUUCCAGGUUUACAGGUUUUAAAGGGGGAUAUUAGACCUGCUAUUGAAACUCAUGAAAUGUUAUAUCAGGUGAUUAAAAAACACAAUUUUCUCCCAGAGGCAUUUACUACAGAUUUCAGGGUACAUUGGGCUCAGCAUCCUUUAAGACCAGAAUUUGCUGAAAGUACUUACUUCUUAUAUAAAGCUACAGGAGAUCCUUACUACCUUGAAGUAGGGAAAACACUUAUCGAAAAUUUAAAUAAGUAUGCUAGAGUGCCUUGCGGAUUUGCUGCCAUGAAGGAUGUUCGCACUGGAAGUCACGAGGACAGAAUGGAUUCUUUCUUCUUGGCCGAAAUGUUUAAAUAUCUUUACCUGUUAUUUGCUGAUAAAGAAGACAUUAUUUUUGACAUUGAAGAUUACAUCUUUACAACAGAAGCUCAUCUAUUACCCCUUUGGCUCUCUACUACAAAUCAAAGAGUCUCUAAGAAGAACACAACCUCGGAAUAUACAGAACUUGACGACAGUAAUUUUGACUGGACUUGUCCAAAUACUCAGAUUCUGUUCCCUAACGAUCCACUGUAUGCCCAGAGCAUUCGUGAACCCUUGAAAAACGUGGUGGAUAAGAGCUGUCCUAGAGGCAUCAUUAGAGUCAGAGAGGAGAGUUUCAGGAGUGGAGCUAAACCCCCUCUAAGAGCCAGAGAUUUCAUGGCCACUAACCCUGAGCAUUUAGAAAUCCUGAAGAAGAUGGGGGUGAGUUUGAUUCACCUGAAAGAUGGGCGAGUCCAGUUGGUUCAACAUGCAAUCCAAGCUGCUAGUUCAAUUGAUGCUGAGGAUGGAUUGAGAUUCAUGCAGGAGAUGAUUGAAUUGUCAAGUCAGCAACAAAAAGAGCAGCAGCUCCCUCCGCGGGCUGUACAGAUUGUUUCCCACCCGUUUUUUGGCAGGGUAGUAUUGACUGCCGGUCCAGCUCAGUUUGGGCUGGAUCUGUCUAAGCAUAAAGAGACAAGAGGCUUUGUGGCGAGCAGUAAACCGUACAAUGGCUGUUCAGAGCUGACUAACCCUGAGGCGGUGGUGGGAAAAAUCGCGCUGAUACAGCGAGGACAGUGCAUGUUUGCGGAAAAGGCACGCAACAUCCAGAACGCAGGAGCCAUCGGUGGCAUUGUUAUUGAUGACAAUGAGGGGAGCAGCAGUGAUACUGCCCCUCUGUUCCAGAUGGCGGGGGAUGGGAAGGACACAGAUGACAUCAAGAUCCCCAUGCUGUUCCUGUUCAGCAAAGAGGGAAGUAUCAUCCUAGAUGCCAUCCGGGAGUAUGAGGAAGUAGAAGUGCUCCUUUCUGAUAAAGCGAAAGAUCGAGAUCCUGAAAUGGAAAAUGAAGAACAGUCUUCCUCUGAAAAUGAUUCUCAGAAUCAAAGUGCUGAACAGAUUAUAUCAAUUUCUCAGGCAGUUGAUUUGGUUGAUCAAGAGUCUCCUGAGGAAAGCUCUCUCAGCUCUCACGCAGACUCAUCUUCAGCAGACCCUGACAGUGCUGCAGUUUCCCCUGCUGAACAGACUUCUAAUCCCUCGGAAAGCCAGGAGCCUACCAGUCUGGAUGGUGAAUGUACAGAUCUAGAUAACCAACCUCAAGAACAGUCAGAAACUGAGGAAGACUCCAGUCCUAAUGCCAGCUGGGGUAAAAAGGUCCAGCCUAUAGAUUCCAUAUUAGCAGACUGGAAUGAAGAUAUAGAAGCAUUUGAAAUGAUGGAGAAGGAUGAACUAUGACUCACUGAAAAAUGUGGUGGUAGGUAUUUAAAAAGAAAAAGUAAACUGUGGUUAGAGACACCCUAUACUACGCAGGCUCUCCAAGGGGCUUUUUAAGUAUGGUGAUGAGCAACCACGUUCUGACUGGGAGAGGUAGUUAGCAUAGGAAUCUGGAGCAUGUUGCGUUAAAAUUGACCUUGGUUAGACUGUCCCAUCAAAAGUGGAAACUCACAAUUCCCCCUCAAACGACAGCAUGGCACAACUUGCAGCAUGCCCAACCAGGGAAAGGCAACUGGGAAUUCCUGGGAGCUGUGUUUCUACUGUCUCUGGGUAGACAGAAAAACUCAGUUAGCAGUGGAGUAAGGAAUUGGAAUUUAUAGCUUUCUAAUUAAAGGAAGCUUGACUUUGGGGAAGAUACAUAUGGGUAUUGUGGCAUUCAGAUUAUGCUGCCUUCCCCAAAAAAGCAAAAACGAAAAAUAACAACAAAACACUCUAAGUGACCUAAGUGGUUAUAAAGCAGAUGCAUUCAUGGUAACAGUUUCUGCUCAUCACUUGCUUCAUUCAGUGGCAGAUAAUCAAGAUGACUUGGUGUUUGUCCCUCUUAACAGUGUCUUCAUCUAAACUAAAGGUGGAGCCAGUGUACUUUCUUAGUGAGUUUUCUACCUAAAGACUAAUCAGUGAGACCAGGUCAAAAGACAUAAUCUGAAAAUUGGUUACUUCUGUGAAAUGGAGCAAGGGAGAAACCAUAACGCUGCAUUGUGAACUUCCCCUUGGGCCUUCCAUAAGCAAAGCUGGGACAGCUCUGAAAUGAAACUUAGCAUAUAUCCUUGUGGGGUAGAUUAUGAAUCUUUGCAGUUCAUUUUGCUGUGAGGUGAUUACCUCCAGCCAUCAGCCUUAGUCCACCCCAUGUUUAGUAUACAGUUUGAGCCAAGAGGCCCAUAUCACCAACAGCUGAAUAUAUUUUAUUCCACUUUUCUGUCUUGUGAAGCCAUGAUAUAAUUAUGGUAGUGAUCUGAAAUUCCUUGGGUAACUACUAUUUUUCUUCUCUGAAAUUUUGGUUUCUAAAGCUACACCUAAGGAGUCUGUCAUAUUUUAUGUUGAAUCAUGAGUUUUGGGUUUAUUCCCAUUUUAACAAAUAUUCAUUAUGAUAUGAAAUUGAAAAUUAGUCUGUACAAAAAAUUUACAUAGUAGGAAAUAAAUUGCAUAGCCAUGUAGUUUAAUGAAAAAUUUUUCCCUUUUCCUCUUGGUGGCAGUCUGAUGCUGGCCACAUUUAAAUUUUAAAAUGUUUAUUGUUAAUAUUGUUAGACAGCCUGGGUUUGAAAUCAUGGCUUUGCUCAUUUUAUUUAUUUUUUAAACUUCUACUAAUCAGUUCCAAAGGAAUAUUUGUGAAGCCUGAUUUCCUUUCUUUUUCCAUGAUAUUACAUAAUGACCUUUUCCUAAAACAUGGUUUUGAGGUACUGAGUAACUUAUAUGUGGAGUUGUUAAAGAACAGCAAUGCUGUGUUGUAGUUAUGUAUAUUCAUGUACAGUAUGUCUUAGAUCCCAAGUAAAUAUUCUUUUAUAAGAGGAUAACUACUUGCUUCAAAAAUUCCAGCUAAACAUAAUUGGGUCAGUGAGUAAUAAAUCUAAUAGAGAAUUUGCCUUGGGGAAGGGAAAAAAAUAGUAGUAUAACAAGGCCUUUAUCGGCCCUUAAUUAAACUUGACACCAAAAUGGAUAUUUUUAGUCCCUCUGCAUGUCAAAUUUGAGGUAAGAAGAUAGACCUAUAAUACAUACAGCUUACAGAAAGAUAGACAUAGUGCUUUGUUCAUUUUAAUUGCAAAGCUGCCAAAAUAGCUGAAGCUUAAUUACUUGACUUGCCUUGAUUGAUAGGACUGGGUCUUGGAGAAAAGGAGCAGAUGUUCCUGUAAGACUUUGAUUACAGAAGCCUUAUGUACAUUGAUUUGAUUUUGUAUGUGUAGCUCAGAGCCAUUGUUGUCUAGGUCUAAUUCUUCUCAGUUAUCUAAACAACAUAAUUUUUUUUUCCGACAAGGAGAACUUAAUGGCAUGAGGGAUCCUGUGACAGAUGCACUAGGAAAAGCCAGCUUACUGCCACUCUCCCUUUCUUUGGCCUUUAGAGGGAGCCGUUGUCUUUUACUGAGAUUUAGAAGCAAAUCAUUCUCUUGUUUAGAAAACUAAACCCUUUUUUAAAAAAAGAAAAAAAUGUAGCUAGUUAUACUUAAUACCCAGAAGAAAUUACACCAGUUUUCCCUAGGUAAGAAACAAGAUACAAGUUCAGCUUCAGAAUACCACCAUUAUACUGUGAUGAAGUAGUUUUUGAGUUCAUUAAAAAACUCCAGCAGCAUCAGAUUUUUAAAACAUUUUUUUGUUUGUUAUUUUGGUACUGGGAAUCCAACCCAGGGUCUUGCGCUUGCUAGGCAGGUGCUGUGCUGUUGAGCUACAUCCCCGACCUAAAAUGUUUUGUUAAAUACCUUUCGUAGAUACUUUAUUUACUUGCUAAAGGUUCAGGGGAUUCUGCCAGACUCUGAAUUUAGAAACAUCUGGUCUACCUCAGUUAAAUGUUGACUGCUUAGAAAUAGAGCUGAAAAGAUCACCACAGCCAUAAAAUUAUUUGACUAAGAAAGAUUUAUACAAUGUUUACAAACCUGGAAUCAAGUAAGACUUUUAGCUGAAAGUUAAAAGAUGGAAGCAAGUGUUUAAUUCAGGUAUUUUCAAAUUGAAUUUGUUUGCCUAUUAAAGAUAAAAUAGCUAUAGUUAUUUUGCAUAUAAAAGUCCAUUGAAAUGACACACCCUAAUUUGCAAUACUUUUCCCAUAAAGCUUUAAGUGAAAAAGAAUUAAAAUUACUAGACAUGUUUGAGAUGGGAUACUUAUUUGAGUAAGUUUUCUCUUUAACCUGUAAUAGGCUUCUAAAAAGAGCAUAAUUGUUUCAGAACAAAUUAUUUUGUGAUUUUAGUUUUCAAUUUAUCUUCACAGUUUUAGAGAUUUUUAAAAUGAGAUUGUGCACUCUCUGAUUUUAAUUUCUCUAAUGUAGUCACUCUCCUGAGAAUUUUUUUUAGAUUGAAAUUACCAUCACACAACUGUUUUUAUAGCAAUGCCAGCGUUCUCUCACCAGACCCCAUGCCAAAUUCAUCAUAAAGAAAGCUCAGCAUAAGUACUUCAAAUAGUUCUUACAAUUUUAGAGGGGGUGGGUAGAAUUUAGUAAAUAUUUCAACUGGUUGUUUUAUGCACAAGGCUUCAGUCAGAACAUAGAAAAAUAAACAUUCUGUGAAUGAAACAUUGUAUGUUCAGAUUUUAUAAAAGACAUUUUUAAAAGCCCAAUUUACAGCCGUAUAUUUUCUUAUGAUGUAAUUUAUGAAAAAGAUGUCUGUACUAACAGGUGCUGUAACACUACUGUUGUUGGGUUUUAUUGUUUGGUGAUAAAUGUAUACAAUAUUUCUAAGGGAAAUUAUGUACUGUGAUGUAAAAGUCUGGGCAAAUUGUAUAUAAUCCUUGUAUAUAAUUGUGUAUUUGAUUAUAAUUACUGAUUGUAAAGAUUUAAUAAACAUGUAAAUAUUCUGGUCUGGUUUUAA